AUUGAGAAACCAUCACAGGUGGGUAAGAAGAAAUAUGCGUGGUCGCAAACAGCAAUGGAUGUAACGGCAGUGUUCACAUGUGCAGAGAUAAUUUCGAAAAAAGACGUAUCAUUAUCAUUGAGUGCAACAUCUGUGCACUUAUCGGUGAAGGGUGUUGUCCUCAUCGGUGGUACACUUGGUGGCUCAAUUGAUCCAACUUCAUCGACGUACACUAUUGAUAAUGAUAAGCUGGAACUUUUCCUCAGCAAAAGUGCUGGAGGAGGCCUGACGAACUGGACAGAACUGGUAAUAGGUGAUAAUUAUGGUACAUAUGAAGUUGAUCCUGAAGCCCUGGCUACGACAGCAGAAUUGCUGGAACGAUUUACUAGCGAGUCACAGGCUCUGGGGGAAGGAGGAGUGGGACAGAGUUUCAACACAGAACAGCUGGAAGAUUGUGACGUCAGCAUGGAAGAUAUUUGCAAAAUACGCUGGCUUAAUUGUACAUCAGGGAAAAUUACUCAUCAGGCUUCAAAAACGCAAAGGCGAUUCACCACUUGCCAGAACGGAGGUGAAUAUGCCGUUAUUGUGGAAGCUAAGCGACAUGCAUUUGUGUACUGGCAACCGCUUAUUGUUGAUUCAGAUCUGCGAAAUCGAAGGACAGGCCGACGAAUCCCAGAUUUAGCGAAGCAGUAUCUGAUCACUUUGAGCAAACGUUCGGAUUCGGGAGACGAUGGAGUCGUGUCGGAAAACAUCGUUGGCGUUCAUGCUGACACUGAUUUCCUUUUUAUUUUAACCACUGCCGACCUUUUUGCUUUCAAAGUGAGACAUUUUCGAGAAGAAAAUAAUCUUGUUGAAAUGACCUGA